AUGCCACAAACUGCCCGCCGCAGUACCUUUUUGUGUAUCAAUGGGUCCUGCAGGUAUAGUUUGAUUCAGGGUUCAGAACCUCAAAGCCCAUGCUGUUUUGCACACAAAGAGCUGCAGGAAUUGAGACAUUUGCAGCGCGCAGCCCGAGCUCUCGAUAUGUCUGGCACACUUUCCUGCGCGUUGCAUUUGAGGCAGAGACUGCUUGCGCCAAUGCGACACGCGCUCUACGCGAAUUUCGAACCGGCGAUGUCCAGAGACGCUGCACAGACUGACCUGACCGCAAACAGGCGCAUCAAGCAGGCCCAGCUGACUGAGGCUGACUGGGGGUGCAGUCUUGCCCAGGAUCUGAGGCGUUCCUUGAGCGCAUACGUUGUGAAAGUCGUCGUGACCUUCAACGAAGUGUUUCCGGUGCCUUGGCAAGCUUGUCAGCCCCCCUUGUGCUUGGAACUUGUGGGCAUGGCUUGCCAGCUCUCAAGAUGCGGGGUUCUGCGUGCUCGGAGCUGCGCGCUGGAGUGA